AGGAGGAAGAAGAAGAAGAAGAAAAAGAAAACAUUUUCGAUUUUCCAGAACCGCAACCACUUCUCCAUCCGCCAUCCUUCUCUCUCCCUCCAAAGUAUAUGUGGUUCCGCAACCACCGGAAUGAGGCGGAGCCGCCCGCCUUCGGCCGGAAACGCUGACCCUACCCCUUCUCCACCCCCCACCCACCUUCCAUGGAGUCGCGAUCUCUAAUCCUCGCCGUGCUCCUGACCGUGCUCCUUUCCCCCCACCUCGUCUCCGCCGAUGUCCCCUCCUUCGGCCCCUUCCCGUCGCCGUCGUCAUCCCCAUCCCCAUCCCCAUCUCCGUCGCCGUCGUCAUGCCCAUCCCCGUCGCCGUCGUCAUUCCCAUCUCCGUCGCCGCACACUUACGCCACGCUGCAGAAUCAUGUGACAUCGACCGCCCGCCAGCUGCCGCAUCAGCCUAGUAGCAAUGACGGCCACCAGGAGCAGCCACCGGCGCCGCCCGGAAAAUUUGACCGGCUCAAUCUCGGGGAGAAGGUUGGGCUGGCGUUUCUCGCCGUCGCCGUGGCGCUCCAUGUGGUGCUGGGGGGAUUCCUGGUCUUCCAGAGACAGCAGUUGAGGAAAAUGGAGCGCGGGGAUCGGCUGAUGGCGGAGGAGCCUUCCUCUUCCUCUGCUUCCUCUUCUUCUUCGUGAUCCUUGGGAUUAGGAUUGGGGCUUCCCCAAAACCCAAGUUUUUCCUCUCCCAUGGAUGGAAAAAGUUGUUUCUUUCUUAUCUUCCCCGAGCCACCGCUAGAAAUCGGUUCAUUCAGAAUCCAAUUUUGAGUCUCGCGCUCGGGAAUCGGAUGCUCGGUGAUCAGUUGAUUGGCUUGGAUUUAUCUGAACAAGACUUCGUGAGCCCCAAAGAUGCGUGGACGAUUAAAGGGGGAUGAAGGAGACUGCAAGAACUGUAGCAAACGAAUAUGCAUUGGGAAGUCGCAUCAUUCAACAACCAUGAAUCCACAUCCAUCAUCGAUCGCCUCAACUGCGACAUCGUCACUUUUUAUGGAGGACUAACAGCAUCUUAGGCAAUAGGUUUUUGGAGGACUAUUAUCACCCUCGUCACUUAUGUUUUAUUUUGAUGGUGAGACUUCUUGUUUAAGAAUUUUGAGAUUCGAUGCCCUUUCAA